AUGGUUAAAUCACAUAUUGCACCAAGUAUUUUGGCAUCUGAUUUCUCCCAAUUAGGUUGCCAAUGUCAUAAAGUUAUUGACGGGGGAGCCGAUUGGUUACAUAUUGAUGUAAUGGACGGUCAUUUUGUUCCAAAUAUUUCUUUAGGUGUUCCAAUUGUGGAAAGUUUAAGGAAAGUUAUUCCAAGAAGUGGAGAACCAAACGGUGCAUUUUUUGACUGUCAUAUGAUGAUCAGUGAACCUGAGAAAUGGGUUGAAGUAUUUGCUAAGGCAGGUGCUGAUCAAUUCACAUUUCAUUAUGAAUCAACUAAAGACCCAAAAAAAUUAAUCCAACAAAUUAAAAAAGUAGGUCUUAAAGCUGCAUGUGCUAUUAAGCCGGGCACCGAUGUUGAGGUUUUGUAUGACUUAGCUGAAGACCUAGAUAUGUGUUUAAUUAUGACCGUUGAACCUGGAUUUGGUGGUCAAAAAUUUAUGGUUACAAUGAUGCCCAAAGUUGAAUCACUGAGAAACAAGUUCCCUAACUUGAAUAUUCAGGUCGAUGGUGGUUUAGGUAAAGCUACUAUAGAGCCUGCCGCUAAAGCUGGUGCCAAUGUUAUUGUUGCUGGUACUAGCGUUUUCAAAGCAGAUGAUCCAGCGGAAGUUAUUUCCUAUUUAAGAGAAAAAGUCGAUGAAAACUUGGAAGCUAGAGGUAUUAAGGGUUAA